AUGUCCAAUGUUUUGGCUGCAGAAAGAGAGUUAGAGCAUGUACUGGUGGUUACUAAAGAUAUCGCGAAAACUAGAUAUUUAUCCGAACAGUUUGAUUUUGUUUCUUCCAUGUACUCUCAAAAGAGAUGCUCAGCCGAAGAGAAGAAGAAAAAGAGGGUGAUAAGGGAGAGCGCGAGCGACAAAGGAAAUGCUGAGACUCACCUCUUGCGUUACUUCGAACAGAGAUUUCACGUUGAAAAAGAUGUUUCCGAUGCGAAUAAUGCAUCCUGCCGACGUCUUCCUCCCGUAUUGUUAUACAAAUUCCUUAAAAUGGAUCUGGUGUACCAAGGUUCAUUGUAUCCACGCGUUCUCCACGAUCUGAAACUUCAACGGCUGUCAGAAGAUCAUCCGGUAUAG